AUGAUGAACAAAAAUGCCUUUUCUUUAUCUCCUCUAAACACGUAUAGAAGAAAGACCUUGAAGAUCCUUGUAAAUGUGGGCAAUUUUUUCACGUUGGAGUCUGUCUUUGUAGCACCAAGAAAAGGAAUUUACAGUUUCAGUUUUCACGUAAUUAAAGUCUAUCAGAGUCAAACAAUUCAGGUUAAUCUGAUGCUAAAUGGAAAGCCAGUCAUUUCUGCUUUUGCCGGGGACAAGGACGUCACACGUGAAGCUGCCACUAACGGAGUCCUGCUCUACCUAGACAAGGAGGAUAAGGUUUACCUGAAACUGGAGAAAGGUAAUCUGGUCGGUGGAUGGCAGUAUUCUACGUUUUCUGGCUUUCUGGUCUUUCCCCUGUAAAGUCAAUUUUUCCUGUGACAUUCAUCCAGGUGUGGACUCAUCAUUGCCUCUGUUACAUGAAGAUCAUUUUGUCAUCAUGGAUUGAUGUUUCUUUAUUGGUUUUUCAUGGGUGAAUAUGGAUUCUCUUUAUGGAUUUUGGCCCCAUCUGAACUACUCAGAAGUUUCGCAGAAUUUUGUGUGUUUAAAUACAAUAUAUUUGGAUUAAGACUAAAGCAGACAAUAAAUAUCUAUGCUUCAUGUUACAGUCUAAAUCUGCCUGCAAGAUUUAUUCAGAUUUCAUUUACUGGACUUAUUGGAUUCAUGGGAGAAGUGGAUUUUCUUUAAUUACGAAAAGACUCGCAACCAGGUCCAUAAUUUAGGAAAGUUUGAGUUCAGACUUCAAUCAAGAGUUAGUGUGUUGCUGCCAAAGAACUGUAUAUUGAUA